AGACUUUCCAGAGUCUUCCAUUGCAACUUUUGCACCAUGUCUCUACCUAGAACCUUCUCGGAACCAAUAAUCUCACCGUUGGAUCAUCUACGGGACACGUCGAUGGCACAAAUACCAAGAUCACCGGAAUAACUAUUGUAAUCUUCCCAUUUCAGGUUCUAUUUAAACCCCUUCCAUACGGUCUCGAAGCUUUCAAAUAGAAAAUUCAGAAAAGCCAAAGCGGGAAAGAGGUCUCUUAAGUCCUCCUUUAGCCAUUUCCCUUCUGGACGUUCCCCACCAAGUAACACUAUCAUGGCUCCUGAGGUAGUUCAGCCUGGUGCUAAAUCAACCGUUGUCGCUAAACCAGUCACUUUGCCUAAGCGGGCUUAUAUUACGUUCUUGGCUGGCAAUGGAGACUACGUGAAAGGCGUUGUAGGGUUAGCCAAAGGGUUAAGGAAGGUGAAAUCCGCGUACCCAUUAGUGGUUGCUGUUUUACCCGACGUGCCUGAGGAGCACAGGCGAAUCCUGGAGAACCAGGGUUGUAUCGUUCGAGAGAUUGAACCCGUUUACCCGCCUGAGAACCAGACCCAGUUCGCCAUGGCUUAUUACGUCAUCAACUAUUCUAAGCUCCGUAUUUGGGAGUAUGUGGAGUAUAGUAAGAUGAUAUACCUUGACGGAGACAUUCAGGUAUAUGACAACAUUGAUCACCUGUUUGACUUGCCUGAUGGGCAUUUCUACGCAGUAAUGGACUGUUUCUGUGAGAAAACAUGGAGUCACACCCCACAAUACAAGAUCGGUUACUGCCAACAGUGCCCUGACAAGGUCAAGUGGCCUGGUGAAAUGGGUCAACCCCCUUCUCUUUACUUCAAUGCUGGCAUGUUUGUGUUUGAACCAAGCCUUACGGCCUAUGAAAAUCUCUUAAAGACUCUCAAAAUCACCACUCCUACCGCAUUUGCUGAGCAGGACUUUUUGAACAUGUUCUUCAAGGAUAUUUUCAAGCCUAUUGCUUUGGCCUACAACCUUGUUCUUGCCAUGUUAUGGCGUCAUCCUGAGAAUGUGGAGCUUGACAAAGUGAAGGUUGUUCACUACUGUGCGGCGGGAUCAAAGCCAUGGAGGUACACUGGGAAAGAAGAUAACAUGCAAAGAGAAGACAUCAAGAUGCUUAUGGAGAAAUGGUGGGACAUUUACAACGAUGAGUCACUUGAUUACAAAAAACCAACCAUUGCAGAAGGAGAGGCAGAGGCCGUGAACCUGCAACCAUUCCUGGGGGCACUCUCAGAAGCUGGUGCAGUCCAAUACGUAACAGCCCCAUCAGCGGCGUAAACAUGGCCAGCUCUGUUUUAGGAGGACGAUAAGAAACAGCAACUACUCAUAGAUGUAUAAAAUUUGAAGGGUAAAAAAAGGAGCCUAUUCCUUUUCCUAAUUGACGACGAAGGUGGUCUCAAAUAGGGAUUGAGGAAUUUACAAGCUUCUAGGUUUUGCAUGUUUCUCUUUUUUUUUUUUUUUUGGUAAUGAAGUGAUGAAGUCUAGUGCCAACUUCGAUAUGUGGGGUCAAAGUUGGAUGCGUCAGUUGGUAGUGUGUUUCGGAAAUGAGUCCUUCAUGUUAAUGAAAGGGGUCUGCAGAAAUGGGCCAUUGGAAUCUUUUGCAGCAAUGGGGAAAUGAAAAUGCAGUACAUGUUUCUGAAUCACGUGUGCCAUUUUCCACAAAAUUCAAACUGACAAUCUCUACUUGUAAAUUAGUUUCUGUUGUUUAAAGCCAGGUUAGAAAUUAAUGCUUCCUUUUACUUAUCUGUUAGUAAUCAGUUUUCAAAUUGAUAUAUCGUGGAAGCCUCCAUAUUUGACGAAGUUGUGGACCUCAUAUGUAAGACUUGAAAGGCCUCCAUAUAAUUGAUCAAUGCAUCCGUUUCCCUUGCAACAGUUUUUAAACGGCUGACUUGCAUGGCCUUGCCCUGAUCUCUUUUUCAGAGAAGGUUCAUCAAACGUCAAAGUUUGUCAAAUACCCAACAUUUUUAUAAGUGAGAGACUCUCAUAGGAAGCAGCGGCUAGGGUUUGCCAAACUGAUUACAAAAAUUCACUAGCUAGGGAAGUUCCAUGUUGCAUUCAGUUUGACGGUUUGAAAUGCUUAUGGAGAAACCAUCAACUUUGUCAGG